AUGCAAGAAAUGAAUGGAACAUGUGAUCAAUGUCUUUGUACUUCCCAAUUCACGUAUUCUGCUUUAAAUUGCUUUGAAAAUCAUAACACAUGUCAAUUAUUUCAAACCUUUCCACUCAGUUAUCAUUUGGAAAAGACAAGAAAUACUCGUCUUUAUUUUCCUCAACAAGUCUUUCCAAAUCUUAGUCAAUGUAUGUCCAAUCUAAAUUCUUUAUUAAAUCAAUUGAAAAUGGCUAAUAUGACGAUUAUCAAUGUUCCAAAUCCUCGUGAUGCAAUCAUUGACGAUCAUGGUUAUUUAGUAACUAUUGAACAAUUCACCAAUCAAUUGACUCGUUUCGAUCCAACUACUUUGAAUACAAUCUCUCGCUUAUCACUUCCAAACAUUCCACAAGGUGUCGAAAAAGAUGUUGUGACGUAUUUUAAUGGUUCUUAUUAUAUUGGAGGAAAUUCCGAUCCAAUCACAGUCAUUGAUAGUGAAAAUCUCACAGUCAUUUCAAAUAUUACAACAAGUUCAUCUGGAAUACGAGGUCUAAUAUUUCUUCAGAAUGGUCAAACAAUGAUCGUAGCUUCAUGCGCUACUUCAUCUCUGAUAUUUCUAAAUCGUACAAGUAUUUCUCCUAUCACAUAUACUUAUUCUUUUUCUCAAUUAACAAGUUUCGUUUGUCCUCAUGCAGUGUGGCGUGUCAAUGACACAUUUUUCUAUGUGACCUCUUAUUAUCUCAAAUUACUUUACUCAUUUACUGCAACUAAUACGAAUGCCCAGUGGAACGAAAAUUUUCUUUUCAACGUCUCGAACGGAAACGAGUUGGGUGGAGCUGCUCGCGUUACAAUCGAUAAUCUUAAUCGAUUUUGGUUUGCCUAUGAAACGGACACUAUUUGGAUUUAUGAUCAAGUAGGAACACAACUUAGCAAUUUGACAAUACCGAAUUCAGCUAUUUUUGAUAUUCGAAUAAUGAACAACUAUCUGAUGUAUUUGAUCGUAGCAAAAACCAAUCAAGUGAUUCGUUUAGAUCCAAAUAUUCAAUGUUAG